UUCUAACUAGUUUACCUAAAAAUUUUACAGGCUUACACACUAAAAAGAUAUCCAGCACAAUUGUCACUAACUACAUGGAUGAGUUUUGUUGGAGCAGCACAAUCAGCUUUCUAUACAGUCAUUGUACAACAUAAAAGAGCUGCUUGGACCAUUGGUUUCAACAUUGAUUUUUGGUCAACAAUAUAUGGUGGUAUAGUGAUCUCUGGUUUAGUGGUGUUUAUUCAACUUUGGUGCACUGAGCAAAAGGGACCUGUUUUUGUAACUAUGUUCAAUCCACUAUCAACUAUAUUAGUGGCAAUUCUAGCAUACUUUGUCUUUGGGGAAAAGCUAUAUAUGGGCAGCAUAAUAGGAGCAGUAAUAGUCAUUGUUGGCCUUUACUUGCUCUUAUGGGGAAAAGAAGAUCACAAAUCAGAGAGAAAUGAUGAAGAAAAAUGCAGCACAAUCAAAAGAGAACAACUUGAAGACCAUAUGAUGCCAAAAUUAGCAUCAAAUGCAACUGGUUUUAAAGCACAAACUUAGAAAUCCUUGCCAUUCAUUUGGACAGCAAACAAAACUUAUACUAGCUAAUUCCAAGACUAUAUACAAAAAUCCAAAACAAUAAAUAAAUAUAAAAUCAAGUAUCGGGAGUGCUUAUCCCUUAAUAGACUUUAUGCGGCGUGAAUCUGAAUUAGUCGAGCCAAUGACUAUCGGAUACGAGAUGGUUAAACCAAAAAAAUUGAGAUCAAAUUGAGCUUGGUUUCCAAAAAGACCAAAAUUAUACAAGAGAUUGUUGUACUAAUUUGGUGCUUCAUUU